UUCGGCAAGCGUGAUUCGUGCAGAUGGGUUUCAUGGUUGUGUUUGGGUCCGGCUACAUAGUAAUGGCAUUUUUUGAUGCGAUUUGCGUGCACUUAGCUGUCGAUUUCUUGAUAAGAUGUUAGAGGCUCUAUUUCAACCACAACCGUACAAAUACUAGCUCAAAAAUGAAUAUGUAUUGUUGUGUUGUCUGCCACUGAUUAAGCCUGGUUUGCUCCUCUGCUACCAGAGCAUGCUAAAAUGGACCAUCAUGAAUACCAAAUAUAGUACAACAAAGUUAAUAGGCUUAACGUUGUCAAUGCUUCUGAUAACAUGGCUAAUGCAUGAUGGGAUGGACUGCAGUUUAUUUACAAGAUACAUUAUGCAUCCAAAUGAAGGUUGUCUUCAACGGUAUCCCUUUACUGUUACACUAAUGGGGACUUAAGACCCACCACUGGACUAAUCUGUACUUCUCCUGAGAGAAACUGGAAAGUAAAAUCAGUUGCCAUGCGUGUCAGUCUGUGCCAGGGCCUGUUAUCUGGCGCCAUCCUCCUCAACCUCCUCAUCCUCUACUUCGUGUCCCGGGCCCAGCAGCAAAUGAUGGAGAAGAGGAAGGAGCUUGGCAGGGGCACGAGAAGGUCAGCCCUACCGGCCUCAGGUCUGGGGGGAGGCCUAGGGGUUCUUGUAGGAGUUGGAGGUGACCUUGGAGUGGGCGGAGGUGAGGGUCACAGUCGUGGCCAACGCGUGACUGUUCUUCUUCGGGAGUUUGAAAACUUUGAGAAUUAUGUUGGGGAUGUGGCUAACUCCUUCCUCCGCCAGAGACCCGAGCUUCCCUUCUUGGCUGUAGCUGACACGUCUCCGUACCCCCCCCUGCUGCUCCCAGAGGGGGCGCGCCUUCUAGUGCUCUCCCCCAGCCCGGACCAGCCACCGCAAGCUCACAGGCCUGAGUUUCACGUCCAGACAGAGUUUGUGCUGCUGGUGCCUGAUGGAGUAGAGUUGGAACAACCUCGGGCUAUUGAAAGGCUCAUCAGGGAGCUGGAAGGUGAGGGUGGGGGGCCUGUGAGGCUGGUGGCUUCCCCUGUGCUGGCUCGAUCGGCUGUGCAGUGUCUCCACCUGCGGGUGAACCUCAGAGAGUGGACAGCCACCUACUCGCCGGCUGCGUCUGGAAGCAGUGGGAGUGUGUGUACGGCUCUACAAGGAGAUGCAGUUGUCCUCAUUCGCACUGAGGAUCUAUUUAACCUCUCUGUCCCUCUGGGGCGGCCCCUUUUCUCCUCGCUCUUUGUCCAGACUGCCUUGAGAGGCUGGAAGGUCAAGCUGCUGGAGAGCCCCUGUUUCGCCGCAAACCACCGGCCCCUCUUCAGCUCCGCUCACAACCAAUGGAAGGCCGACACAAGAUUAAAGGAGACCACCGGGAAGCUCAUGAGGAGUUUUGGUCUAAAGCGACUCCUGCUGUCCGAUGGGAAGGAACAGUGGUAUGGCUGUAGUAAAGAGACGCCUCGCUGCUUUGGCACUGUACAGGACGACACUCCAGACUACCUUUAUCUGGAUCGAUGGACACCUCCCUGCUGCCUGCGGGCUCUCAGGGAAACCACCAAAUAUGUUAUCAACAUCCUGGAGACCUCAGGCGUACGCUACUGGCUAGAAGGGGGGUCUCUUCUGGGCGCUGUCCGUCAUCAGGACAUCAUCCCAUGGGAUUAUGAUGUGGACCUGGGCAUCUACCUGGAGGAUAUUCCCAACUGUGAUCACUUGAAGAACCUCGACUCAGGCUCUCUUGUGGAUGCUAACGGCUAUGUGUGGGAGCGUGCAGUGGAAGGAGAUUUCUACAGGGUCCAGUACAGCGAGGCCAACCACCUGCAUGUUGACCUGUGGCCGUUCUAUCCGCGUAAUGGCGUCAUGACAAAAGACACAUGGACAGAACACAAGCAGGAUGUGGAGUUCCCAGAGCACUUUCUGCAGCCGCUGGUGCCCAUGUCCUUUGCCGGCAUCACCGCCUACGGCCCCAACAACCACCGAGCCUUCUUGGAGCUCAAGUUUGGAGAGGGCGUUAUUGAGAACCCCCAGUAUCCCAACCCCACAAAAAAGAGGCUGGACAGAAGCAAAUUAUGAGAGAUGGAGACUCCAAAGCCUGUUUAUGUUGUAUUAUAUUUGUUUACUUAAAAACACUGAAAAUGUUGACUCAAUUUAUUUUAUUGAAAGAAAAAAGAUGAUGCCUGAAAACUAAUACGGUACCAAAAAAACUGUAUUUGCUUUCUAUUUUACAACAGUUAUAUCACCACUAUUAUCUACUGCCUGGUCAAGAUUUCUUCAUCAUCUGUAUUUGGAUGUAUAAUCAAAAAUGUUUUCUGCCUUUCUAAGUUCAAUGCAAUAGUGCAUUUACAUCAGGCAAAUUCAAAAUGGUCGAAGACUGGUUUUACUACAUGGUGCACUAAAUCUGUACUGUAAAGUACACAUGACUGCUGUAAAGAUGAUACAUACUAAAAAUGUAUUGUCUUGUUAAUAGGUGCAAAGUACUUUAUCUUAAACAGGAUUUAAGAUUAUGUACAGAAUAAUUUAUGCACUUGUACUUUCAAUUUUGCACAGUUUGUGAAUAAAUGUUAAUGUAUAUUUAUGCCAUUUGGCCAAUACAUCACCAUGUUGUGAAAUGAGAAACAAAUCAUCCUUAACCCUGUUAUUGUUGACAGUAGGGGAGAUUUAUAUAUGGCCUUAGUAUUCAGUAAAAAACAUUAACUGGAAUUUCCUCGAUUAAUAACCCUUAGCUCAGUUAUGUGUGACUACUGAGCGCCCAUUAUUUAUUUACUAAAAUUGGAUGAGAUUAAUCAAAGCAAAUAUUUUAAUUGUGAAGUUGAACGUACAGACUUACCAACUUCUCUGGGUACAACAUGUUUCCUAUAAUGUUGUUGCUUGUGUGUGAUGUAUUAAGAUGUAACCCCAAUUGAUGAACUAGUAAAAUAAAUGAAUGUUUUAUUAA